GGGAUAGGUAUUUUAUUACCUUGAAAUCAACCAUUCGCAUAACAAGUUUACUUUAUAGUCUGUGAUUUCGAUAAUUGUUGAUAAACGUAGUUUAAUGUUCAUUUAAUUUUUGACUUUUUUAUCAUAAGGAUAACUUAUUUGAAUAUAGACACAUAAAAGUAAUGUUUCAUACCGUAAAAAUGUUGUCAAGACCGAAUAAUUUAAUAAAGACGAUCCCAAAUAAUUUGAGCGCCAGAGAGGUUCACAACAACGGCAGGUUCAAAGGCAAAGUGGCAAUAGUCACCGCCUCGACGGAAGGUAUUGGAUUCGCCAUAGCUAAACGUUUGGGCAGUGAAGGUGCGAAUGUUGUUAUAAGCAGCAGAAAGGCAAAAAAUGUCGAAAAUGCAGUCAAAAGUUUGCGUGAUGAGGGCAUUACGGUUGAGGGAGUUGUAUGUCACGUAGCCAACGCAGAACAAAGGAAAAAUUUAUUUGAUGUCACUAAAAGCAAAUUUGGUGGUCUAGAUAUACUGGUUUCCAAUGCGGCAGUUAAUCCUGCGGUGUCGCCAAUCUUAGAAACUGAUGAAGCAGUUUGGGAUAAAAUAUUUGAAAUCAAUGUCAAAUGUUCCUGGUUGUUAGCAAAAGAAGCUUAUCCAGAAAUUGUUAAAAGAGGGGGAGGAAGCAUUAUAUUCAUUUCGUCGAUUGCCGGAUAUCAAGCAAUGGAGCCAUUAGGUCCAUACAGUGUGAGCAAAACAACUCUUUUGGGGCUGACUAAAGCAAUGGCAAACGAAAUUGUCCAUGACAAUAUCAGAGUAAAUUGUGUUGCUCCCGGAAUAGUUGCUACGAAGUUUGCAUCUGCCAUCACAAGUUCGGAAGCAGGCAAAGAUAAAAGCUUGUCUAUUGUGCCGAUGAAAAGAUUUGGAAAACCGUCAGAGAUCGCUGGCGCAGUGGCCUUUUUAGCUUCAGAUGACGCCAGUUACAUAACUGGAGAAACAAUUGUAACAGCUGGAGGAGCAUACGCUCAUUUAUAAUAGAAUAAACUUUUAUCAUGGUGUGGGACUUUACAAAUUAAGCUCAAA